AUGGAUGCACCGAUGCAUGAUGAUCUUUCUGUGGGAGACGUCUUCGCACCCCAGGCGGACAUGUCGCAACCUCGUAACGAUGGCCUUCUCGACAAUAACCCUGAUAGUCGCUUUCGCAUGAGUGGUGGCAGUCCGACCCGCAAGCAAGUUAUGGUCACUAAGGAUGUCAGUGAAGUUAGUCCCUUUCCGGCCAAUCUCAACGUCGAGGCCUUGUCCGGCAGACCAGACCGUCGCAGAAAGAAGAAGAAAUAUCAGACGAGUGAAGCUCCCCGGGCCAUCCCCACCGUUCGCGGAUUUACUCCACUUGCCUCUGGCGACGAAGACUCGGAUUUCUCGACCACAAGCGCUAAGGCUCGUCCUUCGUCACGAGCACGCGCUCAGGCAGAGAGCAAUGGAAACAGUCCCAUGGUCCAACCUGCCGGAUGUGGAGUGAGCGCUUUGAAGCUUCAACUCGAUUCGCUCAGCUUGUCCGGCAGCGGUAGCGCUCAGGCUGCGCGGAGUGACCUAUGCUUUGAAACUCCGAGCAAUGCAAGCGUUUGCUCGGACAGCGACCAGACAGAGGUCCUGACUAGUUACGAAGUACCCCUGGAACAUGAUUUCGUCAGCUCCGAUGCCGCAGCGGAAGAAACGUCGGCGAGUCUCCCCGGUGCGCAGGACUUCCGCAGUCAGCUGUGCCGCAAGAUGACAACCGCAGAUUUUGAGCCGUUGCUCUGCCUGGGCAAGGGUUCCUUCGGAACCGUGCUGCUUGUACGCCAUGCGCUCACGGGGAAGUUGUAUGCUCAGAAGCAGUUCCGUAAGGCAUCGCUCACCGUUCACAAGAAACUCGUGGAGCAGACCAAGACUGAGCGCGCGAUUUUGGAAAGUGUGAACCGUCAUCCAUUUGUGGUGAAACUCUUCUACGCGUUUCAGGACCACGAGAAGCUGUACCUCAUCCUAGAAUAUGCCCAGGGUGGUGAGCUGUUCCACCACUUGGCGAUGGAACGCAUGUUCGACGAAGAUGCCGCCGCAUUCUACAUGGCCGAAAUGGUACUCGCUCUCGAACAUCUGCACCAGAAUGUGGGUGUGAUCUAUCGCGACCUCAAACCAGAGAACUGUCUCCUGGACCGCGAUGGCCACCUGCUCCUGACCGACUUCGGCCUCAGCAAGAUCGCAGUCAACGAUGACGAUCGCUGCAACUCGUCCCUGGGCACGAUUGAGUACAUGGCUCCCGAAGUCGUUCAAGGCAAACCGUACGGCAAAGCCUGCGACUGGUGGUCUCUUGGCGCACUCGGCUACGAUCUACUCACCGGCUCCCCGCCCUUCAAGGCCAACAACAACGCCAAGCUGCAGGAGAAAAUUGUCAAGCAGAAGCUCACACUGCCCUACUUCCUUGGUCCGGACGCCAAAGACCUUCUCACCCGCUUGUUGCGCAAGGAACCUUCCAAGCGACUCGGCUACCACAUGCCAAAGGACCUGCAGACUAUCAAGAACCAUCGCUUCUUCCGGAAGAUUGACUGGAAGGCGCUCGAACGCCGCGAGGUUGCUCCCCCUAUCCUCCCUGUCGUCACGGACCCGGCUCUGGCGGAGAACUUCUCUGCUGACUUUACCGCCCUGCCGCUGAGUCCGGUCGUCACCAGCAACGGGUUUGACGACUAUUACUCUCUUCGCCGGCGCCCCAGCCAGCGUGCAAUGUCGACAGGUCCGGAUGGGAUGAGUUGUGACAAUGACCCGUUCGGCGGAUUCAGCUUUGUGGCUUCCAGCAGCUUACUUGACAACAAUGGAGUUGGCGUUAUGACCCAAGGUUACUAA